AUGAACAAAAAACCGCCAUUGCCCAUAACGGCAUUCAUUGGCGGACCACAAACAAAUGCCGCCUCAAUUGCGGCCAACAACGCCACAGCGACGGCCACAAAUUCAAUGUGUUUUUCGGCGGCGGCGGCAACGGCGACCAAAAGCGAGAAACAACAACAGCGUGACCAGCAUCAUCAGGCAAAUGUGGGGAAUACGGGGCUGUGCGGCUGUCAUAAAGCACCCAAGUCACAUUGCAUAUCCGCCACAGGUGUUCUGAUAUUGGUCCUUAUAUACACGGCCAUGGGUUCCAUUAUUUUUGUAACGCUUGAGGGUGAAUUGGAUGAUACCACAGCAUUGGAAACAGCAGUGGCCGCCUCAAAGCCCUAUCCACGCAAUGAACUGGCCAAUGCGGAAAUCAGAUCAAGAACGGUUGAUCGUCUUUGGUCGAUAACAGAGGAUUUAAAUAUUUUGUACAAGGAGAAUUGGACGCGGUUGGCUGCUCAAGAAGUGCAACAUUUUCAGGAUACAUUGCUGCGUUCGGUGCGUCAAUCGAAAAUCCAUCAGACAGGUGUGCCUAUGAAUCCGCCCUCACACAAAUGGACCUAUGCCUCGGCAUUUCUCUAUUCGCUGACGCUGAUAACAACAAUUGGUUAUGGUGGCAUUUCACCCCGCACCCAAUGGGGCCGCAUUGCAGCCCUGAUCUAUGCCCUCUUUGGCAUACCCAUUGUCCUGCUGUAUCUCUCCGCCAUGGGUGAGGGUUUAUCGGCGGGUAUGCGUUGCCUAUUUCGCAAGGCUCGCUCAAAGAGUGCUGUCAGUAAUGGUAAUGGAGGUAGCGGUGGUGGUGGCAACUCUUCCAGUGGGAAUACCUCAUCAUCGGGGAGUAAAAAGGGUGAUUCCAAACACAAAAACAAAUCAGGGCAACAACAUUUUGCGGGACCCAAAAUGUUACCCGGUCAUCCACAUCAUCAUCAAUAUGGUCCGCUGAGUAAACAUUGCUCCCCCACAGGUGGUUCACCCAGUGUACCCAUAUCCAUAUGUGUAAUGGUUCUCAUCUGCUACAUCACAUCGGGAGCAUUGCUGUUCCACAAAAUGCAGGAUUGGAGUGUUUUGGAGGCUCUCUAUUUCUGUUUCACCUCUUUGGGUACCAUUGGUUUUGGUGAGCUGACGCCUUCGGGAAAUCUCACUUUAUAUUUAGCUUCCGGUUACAUCCUAAUAGGCAUGGCCGUGGUGGCCAUGUGUUUCAGCCUCAUCCAAACGGAGCUGGUCAUGUGGCUGCGCCGCUUUAGUGUCCAAGAUCAUGUCAUGCCCCAAUCGGACGAUGUGUCGCUGGUAUCGGUUUCAGUCACUCCCAAAUCCUCUUGACAACGACCUACCGCUGACCUGCUUGCAGGCAGCGGUCCUGGCCCCAACACCAUGGGCCAGCAUCAGACCAUGUUCUUUGGACCAGCUCAUCUAUUUUCCCAGUACAACUCCUUGCCAAGGCGAACACUGAAUUCGAAUUUUCAACGCAACACCCCCAUACGAAGAUCAACGGGCAUACCCGAACAUCAUAUCGAGUAUUUUGUGCCGCGUAGUGUAAGUGAAUUCAAUUUGUCGGGAGUUGGAGAUUUGGCAUUGCCGCCACCAAGGCGUUGUUCACCCACCGGUAUGGGCCUACCGCAUGGCCUACAACUGGGACCACCACAAACCCUCAUAUGUGGUCCACCACCUCCGCCCCAGGUCCAAAUAGUUAUGAAACCCCGUGAGAAAAUGGUAACCUUUGAGGAUGAAUCAAAGGGUAUGGUACCGCCGCUGCCCAAUACCUCAACGGUGGGUUCAACGUGUCCCCA